CCCUCAGAAAACUGCAAGAAUCUCUCUCUCUCUUCCUUUCUCUCUCUAAGAUUUUUCCAAAAAUGGCGGAUUAUUCUCCCGGCGUGCAGGAUCCUGAUCCCAGCCUAGCUGCCGCCGGUGACCAGGUUCAUGUUCGCCGAGGCCUUCGCCGUUCCAGGGAACUCCCAGCCGCCGGUGAUCAUGUGGGAUUUCAAAAUCCAUUGGAUAUUAGGCAAGGUAGAGAACCUGGGAGGAAGCUUUAUAUAUCCAACUUGGCAUAUAGCGUUUCCGACGAAGAUAUCAGAACACUGUUUUCAGAGAUUGGCCAUUUGCAAAAUUUUGGAAUCCACUAUGACAGGACUGGCAGAUCCAUGGGAACUGGAGAGGUUGUUUUCUUUCGCCGCUCAGAUGCUAUGGCAGCCAUGAGGACAUUCCACAAUGUACCCCUUGAUGGGAGACCAAUUAAGAUUGAUGAGGUUGGAGUGCACGUUGAAAUUGCCCCUGCCCCUGUGCCUUUGCCUCGUCUUUUUCUGGGAUCAUUACCAAUCACACCUUUUCAGUUUGUACCACCAAACCUUUCAGGAUAUGAAGAAGGUGAGUCUAGUAGGUUGCCAAGGGCUGGGGGUUCUGGCAGUAGAGCACAGGACCCACAAUUUAGGCCUCAUGGACAUGAAGGCUGGAGGGAUAGAAGCCACCAUAGACAUGCCACUACUGCAGAACUAGAUGUUGAUUUGGAUAGGUAUCAUUCAGAUGCUAAGAAACAAGCCUGAUAUAUAUAUAUAUGUGUGUGUGUGUGUGUGUUAUCAGAUAUGAUGAUGGAUGCACUGCUGUUGUUUUGUUCAUGACCCUGCUGCUAGUUCUUCUGCUAUGUUAGAAACCAGAGUUUAAGAUGACUUGGAUAGUGUGGUAUAUACUGCAGGUAUGGGCUAUUUUGCAUUGUAUGGAAGUUGGUCUCAGAUACUGUAUUAGUAUAGUUCAUAUGACUCUCAAUUUCUCAGGC